GGUUUACAAUGUCUGUGCCAUAAUAAAUAUGGCAUAAGAACGAAAAUUAUGUAUCUACUGUGUUAUCUCACUCUAGCCCUCUAUAUGUCUGUGCGUUUGCACACAUACUUGCAGAAUUAGUAGCAAUGCUACAGACAUUUGAAUGCAAAAAAGAAAGAAGGGCUUUUCUGAAUUUACCAUUUUCUUCAUUGGAAUUCAAAAUAGAAAGGCAAUGGGGAUGGAGUCGCCUCCACCCACAAUGAUAGAGGGUCUUGGGGAUGAGGUAACAGUUGCAGUUGGACUCUUUGUCCUACUUCUCGCACUCACCCUUGCCUGGUUGUCUACAUAUGUGGCAGAGGGAAGUGAUCCCUUCCUUGGAAGCUUGAUGCCUCCUGUGCGUAGGGACCCUCUUCUCGGACUUAGUAACCCAGUGCCACCCACUCCUGAGCCGCAGGGUCCUACACAACCUCCAGUGGAGAAGCCAGAAGAAGGUGAGCGUGACUCAGGUCUAGAACAGGGUGAAGGUAGUGAGAAUGCUAACCUGGACCAGAUGCUGGAUAUCCAGGGUGUACCAAAGCGCAGCCAGUCCAUACCUGCUCUCCAGGAGGAAAACAAUGCAGGACAGGAGCUCUCACAAGAGGUGGGUAGAGGUCCCGAAAAUAUUCAGGAUGCCACCAGAAUAGAAGAACAUUUGUUGGAUGACAGUAGAGAGUGUGAAACUCUGGAGAGCAAACAGCAAGUAGAAAAAAAUGUCAAAGAAAUCGGCUGCAUCAAGAAGGAGGGUAAAAGGCAAGAAGAAGGACUGAUUUCGGUCAGACUAAAGUUCCUGAAUGAAACUGAAGAGAUUGCUUUCAUGAGACCUGAUGACACCAUUGGCAGUCUGAAAAGUAAAUACUUUCCUGGUCAGGAACUUCAGAUGAAGCUCAUCUUCCAAGGCCAACUUCUCCACGACUCAUCACAGACCUUGCGUUCCCUUCACAUCAAAGACAACUGUGUCAUUCACUGCCAUCGCUCUCAGGCCACUGCCCCUUCUUCCCCAGCAAGACCAGAAUCAGGAGGGACAACCCCAGAAAAUGCUGGUCUCACAACCCCAAUUGGAAACCUAAUGAUCCCUCUCUUUGUGAUAAUGCUUGCAUUGAUCUGGUACUUUAGAAUCAACUACCGCCAGUUUUUCACAGCUCCUGCUACAGUGUCUCUAGUUGGUGUUACAGUCUUCUUUAGCUUCCUUGUCUUUGGAAUGUAUGGGCGAUAAGGAUUAUUGAGGGCUGUGAUUGACAUGAACAGAGGCAAGAGGGGACAAAAUAUUCAAUUUAUAUAUUUCCAUAUUGUCUGGGAUAAACAAAGUUGCCUGUCUGGGAGUUAUUAGGUUCCAUCCUAAAAUGUUCAUUACUGGAAAGGAUCAGUUUUAAGUUAAUCCCAUUGGGCUGGCAAUGUUUAAUGGGUUCAUUGGACUAUGUUAAGUUGCUGCAGGGUCACAGCUUAUUCUUGAAGGUUAAGGACACAAUCUGAGUGUUGAGGUUGUUUUACAUACUGCUUAGAAGCUCCAGAAGGAUGGGAUUAUGGCCGAUGCCACCAAGGCAAAUAUAAUUGUUGUGUUUGGGGAAAAUGUUACAUAGGGUUGCCAUGACUCUUCAAUAACUCAGAAUGCCUUCUGCCUAUACUCUCUUUUAAAAAGUUUACAUUGGUAGGUCUAAUCUGGAAUAUUACUUGUGGAGGUUGUGCAAAGACAGACAUCUAGGAAUUACAUGGGAUUAUAAAUUGUUUUAUCAUAUAAUACAAAAACACCAUAAUUUGCUAUUUUCCGGAGAGUAUUACACUACUUCACAACAGUUGCAUGUAGUCAUAACAUUUUAAUGUAAAACUAUAUGGGCUCUCUAAGGUUGUUCAAUAUAAAUAUUUGCAAAUGUUAGCUAUAAUAGCAUAGAUCAUAUUGGUUUUCAUGCCCCAUUAUCUGUUAAUCACAAGGUAUUUGUUCUUCUGAGAUGUAUUGCAGGUAGGACAUAGGCCAGACUUUAUAUUUGAAAUAUUAUCUUCCAACCAAUUGCCCUGAGAUGGAAACAACAGAGCAAGACUCAUAUGAUCCCACAAAUUGCUCCAAAGAUGAGAAGCAUAAACUAUUAGCCCUACUUGUUGAACUUUCCUUGAGUAAACGUGAAUCAAAAAAAGUCAUUUAAACUUCUGGGUUAUUUGUAUAAAUUGGAAGCUGCAUUUGGUGUCAUCAUUCAUUACUCAACUCAGAAAUAUGAGAAAGGGAGAAGAUUCACAAGGAUUUUGAAUAACAACAUGCAAGAAAAGUUUAGAAAAAUAAAUAUAUAUAUAUACAUAAUGUAACAGACAAAAUUAUUUAAAAAUUAGUAGCCGGGCACGGAAUCCAUUCAUGGAAAUAUAUCCUGUUGUUUUGUUUGGGGGUGGGGGUUUUGUUGAAAAAAAGGGAUUUUGGGGUCAGGAAUACAAUUUUAGGUGCUUUCUUGUUCAUGGGAAUUUUUCACCCCGAUGUAGACAUGAACCAACAAGCUAUUCUCUUAACUGAAUUAAAGGCGUAAUCACCUAAUUAAUUUGCACAUAGCCAAAGAUGAAUUUCCUUAUGGCAUUUUGAUUGUUCAGUUUAUUUGACAGUAAAUUGAAAAUUCACAUAUACAUCAUAAAAGGUUAAAUUUAA